UGAGCAAGCCAGGUCUCGGCGGGUGGCGGGGGGGGGGGGUUGCACUGCGGUAAUAUGGCUCUUCCUUAGCCCGCGGUGGCGGCGGCGGCGCCUGGAGGUGGGGUAGAGCAGUUGUGCCCCUCGGGUGGCGGCUUCUUGGGCUGCAGGGGUUUUGCGGGUUGUGGCUGAGCAAUAGUUGCGGAUGCCGGAGGAGCAUUGGCCCUGCCGCUUGGCGGCCCCUGGGUCAAGAUGAGCGCCUUGGUGUCGAUCGGGGGCCCCGUUCCCCCGCCGCCCCCAGGCCCGGCCGCCGCGCUGCCUCCAGGUUCUGCAGCGCGGGCCCUGCAUGUGGAGCUGCCGUCUCAGCAGCGUCGUCUUAGACAUCUUCGGAACAUUGCUGCCCGCAACAUUGUAAAUAGAAAUGGCCAUCAACUCCUUGAUACCUACUUCACACUUCACCUGUGUAACACUGAAAAGGUACACAAAGAAUUUUAUAGAAGUGAAGUGAUUAAGAAUUCCUUGAAUCCAACGUGGCGGAGUCUGGAUUUUGGAAUAAUGCCGGACCGUCUUGAUACGUCUGUGUCCUGUUUCGUGGUGAAGAUAUGGGGUGGGAAGGAGGAUGCCUACCAGCUGCUGAUUGAGUGGAAAGUUUGCUUGGACGGGCUCAAGUACUUGGGUCAGCAGAUUCAUGCCCGCAACCAAAAUGAAAUAAUUUUUGGGCUGAAUGAUGGCUACUAUGGUGCUCCAUUUGAACAUAAGGGUUAUUCAAGCUCUCAGAAGAACAUGCUUCUUCAGGUGGAUCAGAACUGUGUGCGCAAUUCUUACGAUGUCUUCUCUUUGUUGCGGCUUCAUAGAGCCCAGUGUGCAAUUAAACAGACUCAGGUAACUGUUCAGAAAAUUGGAAAGGAAAUUGAAGAAAAACUAAGACUCACAUCUACAAGCAAUGAGCUGAAAAAAGAAAGUGAAUGCCUGCAAUUAAAAAUUUUGGUGCUUCGGAAUGAACUGGAAAGACAAAAGAAAGCUUUGGGACGGGAGGUGGCGUUACUGCAUAAGCAGCAAAUUGCACUGCAGGACAAAGGAAGUACAUUUUCAGCUGAGCACCUUAAGCUUCAACUCCAGAAGGAAUCCUUAAAUGAGUUGAGGAAGGACUGUACUGCAAAAAGAGAACUCUUUCUGAAGACUAAUGCUCAGUUGACAAUUCGCUGCAGGCAGUUACUGUCUGAACUUUCCUACAUUUACCCCAUUGAUUUGAAUGAACAUAAGGAUUAUUUUGUAUGUGGUGUCAAGUUGCCCAAUUCUGAGGACUUCCAAGCCAAAGAUGAUGGAAGCAUCACCGUUGCCCUUGGUUACACCGCACAUUUGGUCUCCAUGAUUUCCUUUUUCCUGCAAGUGCCCCUCAGAUACCCUGUCAUUCACAAGGGGUCUAGGUCAACAAUCAAAGACAAUAUCAAUGACAAGCUGACAGAAAAGGAAAGAGAGUUUCCAUUAUACCCAAAAGGAGGGGAGAAGUUGCAAUUUGAUUACGGUGUCUAUCUUCUGAACAAAAACAUAGCACAGCUAAGAUAUCAACAUGGACUUGGGACUCCAGACUUGAGGCAAACGCUUCCUAACCUGAAAAACUUCAUGGAACAUGGACUACUAGUCAGGUGCGACAGACAUCACACCUCCAGUGCAAUCCCUGUCCCAAAGAGACAAAGCUCCAUAUUUGGGGGUGCAGAUGCAGGCUUCUCUGGGGGCAUCCCAUCACCGGACAAAGGACACCGAAAACGGGCCAGCUCAGAGAACGAGAGACUGCAGUACAGAACCCCUCCCCCCAGCUACAACUCAGCGUUGGCCCAGCCUGUGCCCGCCAUCCCCUCCCUGGGAGAAUCUGAGAGAAAGACAACGUCCCUGUCCUCCUCCUUGGAUACCUCCUUGGACUUCUCCAAAGAAAACCAGAAAAAAGGGGUAGAUUUGGGUGACAGCUUAAAUGAAGGCCACGUGGGUGGAAAGACUAGCCAAGAACAAGGAGAAGCCCUCUCUGGGCAUCCAGCCACAGUAAAUGGCUCUCUCCUGCCCAGCGAGCAGGCCGGCUCUGCCAGUGUGCAGCUGCCGGGGGAGUUCCACCCAGUCUCGGACGCUGAGCUCUGCUGUGCCGUGGAGCAAGCGGAAGAGAUCAUCGGGAUGGAAGCCACAGGGUUCACCUCGAGUGACCAGCUGGAGGCAUUUAACUGCAUCCCGGUGGACAGUGCUGUGGCGGUGGAGUGCGACGAACAAGUUCUGGGAGAAUUUGAAGAGUUCUCCCGAAGGAUCUAUGCACUGAAUGAAAACGUGUCCAGCUUCCGCCGGCCACGCAGGAGUUCUGACAAGUGAGGUGAGCAGGCAGACCGUAGGACCAGGACAGGGUCACUGCCUGAAAGGAGGAUAAAGCUGCACUGGUUACCCUUGGUAAUAAUUAUGGCAUAAAAUAAAUAUUAAUGGAGGAUAUUCCUCAGAAAAACAGACUUUGUGAAUCUAGGAGGGACUCGAGAUCAUGUGUAUCCAUGGGCCAGACAAGUUAGAUUUUGCUUGCAAGAUGUGCUUUUCAGGCCUGACGAUUGUUUUAAAGCAAAAGUCGCUCUAGCUCGAGUCACCUUCGAGGUAUUUGUCUGCUUUUUUAUUUACACUUCUAUGUUAUCCUCAGAGGGAAGAUGAUAAUAUAUAAAUAAUAUAAUGAACUCAACUUUAGUUUCUCAAGCAUUUGCCCUCACUGCAGUUUAUAAGACUUUGGGAAAAGUGAAUAUUUAGAAAAAGGUUUCUACCAUUUACUGAAGGAUCUCUGGCCAUCCAUUCGGCUGAUGAAUAAGAAGCACAACAGUCUCCUGAGACCCAGGCCCACCUGCCCCCAGGCCCCACCAGCAACCUGUAGCCCCCACUGUUGCCCCAUCUCACAGUGGGUGGGUCGUGCACCCUGAAACCCGAGGACGUCGGAUUCAGUGGUUCUUUAAUGAAGUAGCUCUGACCUUCCACCUCUUUCAGUCAGCUACACCCCUUGACAUCGCCCUCAAAUUACAUGAAAAAACCCUCACUUCUGGUGGAUCCCAGGGAACCCUCCAGGACCCCAAGGUUGCAAUAGUCAGAUGGCAUCCAAUGCCCUUUGAGGGCCCAAGUUUUUACAUGGGCACAUGUUGGCAUCAAAACUAGGCAUGCUUUCUGGCAAUGCACUCACCAGACAAAAACCCCUAUAUGUAAAUCCAAGUUAAUUUAAUUUAUUAAAUUUCAGUUGGAAAGGAAGACACUGUGUGUGAUGAAAUACCUGCAGAGUUGGGCUGUCCGGCAUGCAGAGUGUGUGGCAGCGGAGGCAGCUGGACUGAGACUGGAUGAGGCGUGGAGCGCUGUAGGGGUGUGUGCACGAUUGCACACAUGUUCAUUACGUGUUUGAAGUCCGGAUGGCGUUCCGGAGAGCCAAUUUCAUUUGCUAUUGCUUUAUAUUUUAUAUGCCCAAGGACAUCGCCUCAGGGUUGCAAGCUCUUUAAGGAAAAUUUAUCCAUAUAUAUCUAUGUAUUGUAUAGAAGAAUAAAAAUUGUGUGUACUUCACUUGAUCUGAUUUUUCUUUCAGCUUUGAAUUCCUCUUGAAAUCACAUCUCCAUGUGCUGCUGCAUCAUGACAGGACCAGCCCAAACAAACCUCUGGGCUGUGUCCCAGCCAACAUUGCUGACUUCAUUUGAAUGCACAUAUUGUUAGAGCAGCACAAGCCCCUUCACAGGUGCGUGCUGCAGUAGCUCAUCGCCCUGCAUAACAUCUUACCUCGUAGGUCUCAUAAUCAUUUUCGUAUUUUGCCCAGGCACUCCUGGGCUCAAGUUUAAUUUAUAGCAACAUUUGAAGUGGAAUAGUUUAUGUUGUUAUUUCCCAUGUAAAGAGAACUCACAGAAUCGCUGCGUGACGGGAUAGGUCCAGCCUGCGAGCAGUGAAAAGCUUUAACUUGGUCUGACGAGAUCCAUAAAAAUUCCACGUAAAAGGUGGGACUACUCCAAAGCCGGAGCAGAAGCCGUCUGCGCGGGCACGGAUGGUGUCUCCGCAGUGUGCUGUCGUUCACACAGGUCAGAGGGGGCGUGGGGGGGCACACGCUAGGUCCGGGAUGCACGUCAGGCUGAUCUGGGGGGUCCACCAAUGAAAUAGUAUCUGCCUCCCCCCAGAAAAGGCGUUUGAAGGACUGUGUGAGUACCGAACAGUGGGGGGUAAAUUGCCUGUGAUUGUGGUUUCCCAAGACGUGGGAGUGGACUUGACACUUCAUGCCAAACUCAAAGUCAAGGUGUAUUCAAGCUGCAGGCCCUCCAGCCUGGCUCCGGGCGACACCGAGCAAAGGUACCCAUUCAGAGCACCUAUGGUUAGUGUUUGUCUCAGGUUCCACAUGGCCAGAUGGAGCUCCAGGGUCCACAGCCUUUCACCCCCCCAACACGGAGCCCUGCCAUGAAUGCGAUGAGAUUGCUCACAACUGAUCAGUGGUUACCAACACAUUUGCCCGGUCGGCAGUGUCCAGUGACGCUAUGCCUCUAAACAUCACUUAGGUGUGGGUUCACUGAGUUUGGGUUUUGUGUUUUCACUGAAUAUUUUUGAUGUCUGCAGUUUCUGCCAUGACCCGGGUAGAACCUCCAGUAUUACAUGUCUCCAGAAAUAACUGUUCAGUGUUUUCCAAAGCUGCAGAAUUAGUUUUGCCUCUGUUUAAAGUGGCCGUGGCCAUGGCCGAAAUAUGGGGUGAGUUAUUCUCUCCUACUGAUCUUUUAAUUCAUCUUGUAAGUCACUGAAAAUAUUCAAAUUUGCUUUGAGGAUAUAAAACGAAAUGAAAGCUCAGUACUAUUCUCUCUGAACAACUAAGAACCCCUUCAGCUUCCAUGCAGCGGAGACACUUUCGACAGCCAGCAAAUGUUAUCAGAUGAAUAUUUGAUUGUGUUUUCUCUCUCCACUUCCUCUUACCCACUUUAGAAAUUCCAGAGAUUAUUUUCCCCCCUCAGAAUAUUAGUUUUGGAAGAUUGCAUCCAGCUAUAUUUUUUUAGCAGUCCUAAUGGUGCCCAUUUAUCCUGACCUAACCGGUUAUUUAAAUAAUUUUUUAAACCACCACCAAUAAUAAAUGGCAUGUGAAACUGAUCUGUUG